CAACUGACGUGGAAGUUGUAUUGUUGAUAAUAUUAUGAAACAAAAUAAAACAAUAAUAACAUCAGUGUAAAAAAAUCUACAUAAUAUUUAGAUUCUAUAAUAACAAUAUCCUAUAAUUAUUGUAAUGUAUCAACAACUCAUAUAUCGAUAUAUUUUAAGUUAGAUAAGUAAAUAUGAUAAAUCACAAUCGGCUGUUCAAUGUGAUAAGUUUAAGUGGUUUUUUUUGGUUAUGAAUAUUAUGAAAUUUAUAAUAAUAUUAUUUUCAAAAGUUUUUAUUUAGUUUUCAAAUGCAUUAAUUCAAAAAAUAUUUUUUCAAUUAAUUAAUUAAUAAUUAAUAAGUAUUUUAUUUUUAUUUGAUAUUCAAAUUUAUUUUUAAAAUUUCAAAAUUUAAUUAUUUAAAUAUAAAUAUGUGGCAAUGGAGUUGUUUUAAACGUAAAAUAUCAUUGAUAUUAUUAAUUAUAAUCACUCCGAAUGUCAUUGGAGAUAAUGAUAACGUCAGUCAUGAUAUUGAAACAAUUCGUGCCUGCGGUUCGUCAACUGAUGAUCUUCCAUCCUCUAGGCUCGUUUUCAUAAGUACAUUAGAUGGAAAAUUAACGGCAUUGGAUAUUCUAAAUAAUGGAGAAAAAAAAUGGGCGUUAGAUUUUGAUGAUAUUCCAUUGAUAUCAUCCAGUAUUCAUAAAAGAGAAUUGAAUGAUGACGGCCACUGGGUAAAAUUGAUUCCAUCAUUGAACGGCAGGCUGUAUAAAUUUGACGGUGAUACCGUUGAACAAAUUCCUGUGACAACAGAUCAUUUACUUCAAUCAUCAUUUCGUUAUUCUGACAAUUUAGUAUUUUCUGGUGGCAAAGAAAUUCAGACUUACGGAGUCACAUCCAAUAAUGGAAAAAUUUUAUACCACUGUACCAUUAAUGGCUGCAAUAAUAAUACUGAUGGUGAUAGAUUAUAUGACGAUGUAUUGAUCGUACAACGAUUGCAACAGACCAUUCGUGCCGUUGAACCAGCUACUGGUACUGAAAAAUGGAACUACAGUGUGGGCACUCAUGAGUUGAAUUUAGUUGCUACCGAAAGACCGUGUUUUAAAAAUCCUAAUCAUCAUAAUAAUCAUUAUUACGACGAUAACAUCGAUAUAAAAGUUAUUAUUCCUCAAGGAUUGAUAUGGGCUAUUGAUAAAAAUAAUCCUACUGAAAUACUAUGGCGGUACCAAUUUGAUACUCCGAUUGUGACAGUUUGGCAACAAACACACAAUUAUGGGGCAAAUGGUCAUUACUAUGAUGCUAUUAAAGAAUUGAAUUUAUUUGACAACAAGCAGUGGUCGUGGGGUCAAGAUUAUCCAACGGAUCCGUCGAUAUAUGUCGGCAUGCAUGAACGACAGGUUUAUGUUCAAGAAAGUAAGUCUAGAAAAUUUUUCGAGAUUUCCGAUUUGACUAAUAGUGAUAAUAAUAAAAACACUAAAAUUAUUGACAAUCAUAAUAAUAUAAAUAAUAAUAUUUAUCCAUGGAAACCAUACCCAGCCCACGAAAGUUCAAUACUACGUAUAGAAAAUAGUGGUAACAAUAAUGAAAUUAGUAACACCAAUAAUGUUGAAGAUUCAACAGCAGCUGGUUUAUCGAUUCUAUACAAUUCCGGUUAUGUAGAUGGCAACGGAUACUAUUUGUACACCCAAAAUCAUCAAGAACAAUCGGCUAAUUGUAAUAAAACUACUGAUAACAGCUUAUUAAAUGGUAGUGAAAAUAGUGAGCCGGUUUUAAAAGACGCGGCAUCUGGAACUACUGGAACAGCGGCUGUUGAUAAAGAUUCAUUGUUUGAAAGAAUCAUUGCAUCGCUUGGGUGGAUAGAAAUUACAGCCCUCAUAUUCGCUUUAAUUGGAAUAUAUCUAACGAAACACAUAACAUCAAAUUCUGAUGUUGGAUGGAGUUAUUCGCUGCCAAUUAUUGUCGAAAAAUAUAUUGAUCCCGUUGCGCCAUCAAAAGACCUGGCACCGGCUAAUAACGAAAACAAUAAUGUAGAAUUUAAUUCACUAUAUUCAGCAGGAUUCGAAACGAUAAACUGUUUGGGUAAAGGAGGUUAUGGUGUUGUAUUCGAAGCUAAGAAUAAAAUUGAUGAUUGUCACUAUGCUAUUAAACGUAUAUCAUUACCAGACACACAAAAUUCCCGUGAUCGUGUGAUGCGUGAAGUUAAAGCAUUAGCUAAGUUGGAUCAUCAGAAUAUUGUUCGAUACUUUCACGCGUGGUUUGAAUGUCCACCCAUUGGUUGGCAAGAAAAACAUGAUACUGUUUUUAUUAACCAACAAUUAUCACAGUCAUUGUUCACGACAGAAGAUUCUUGUAUAGAUUCACGUACCGUUGAUACGGCAACACGUGAUAGUAAUUCAGUUUGCAUUGAUGUAGCGAUUAGUGGGUUAGAUUUAAUUGACAGAAAGAUUACUGACGACCAUAAUGUUUCACGAGGCGAAAACGAUGAUUCCUUUAUUGUUUUCGAUACAGACAAGUCGAUUUCAACUGAAGAAUCCGAUGAAGUCAGUGAUGAAAUCGAUGACAUGGAAAACGAUUGCGUCAGUUUGAAGAUGGAAAAAUCAUCAUCUGAAUCUGUUGUUUUCCAACUCGGAAGUAAUUCGGGUGAUAAAAAUGUUGAUGAAGAGGAGGAAGAAACUGAUGAGACUGAAGACGAAAAUCAAAAAAAGAUGGCAGUGAAAAAUAAAACGAAAAAACGCGACCGCCAUAAAAAAUCAUCGAUGUUUUUUUAUAUUCAAAUGCAAUUGUGCCAGAGAUUGAGUCUACAAGAUUGGCUGAAGAGCCCGAGUAAUUUCAGUAGAAAUCGCAAUGAAAUUAUCAGUAUAUUUCAACAAAUUGUUGAUGCUGUUGAGUAUGUCCAUCUCCAAGGGAUGAUACAUCGUGAUUUGAAACCGUCAAAUAUUUUGUUUUCUUACGAUAAUAAAAUAAAAAUUGGUGAUUUUGGCCUUGUCACGGCCAUGACUGAGGAUGACGGCAUUAGUUGUAAGGAUAUAUUAGAUAAUGGUGAUGACGAUGAUGAUGAUAGCAGUAGAGAAAGCAAUAGAAAAAUUAAAAAACACACCGCUAAUGUUGGUACGCAUUUGUACAUGUCACCCGAACAAAUUAACGGAGUUAUGUAUGACUAUAAAGUUGAUAUUUAUUCCCUUGGGAUUAUACUGUUUGAAUUGCUCGUUCCGUUUACCACCGGAAUGGAGAGAAUGGUGACACUCGGAAAUUUGAAGAAAAAUAUAUUUCCAGAUGAUUUUGCUGAUAAACAUCCAAAAGAGUACAAUUUAUUGACCAUGAUGCUCGACAAGGAUCCAAGAAAACGACCAACAGCAAUAGGUAUUAAAGCUCGACCGCCUCUGUCUACUGACCAAAGUAUAACUGAUACAAAAUAUCAUUUCACGUUACCACACAUAAGUAGAAAUUCUUCAAGUGUAAGUAGUAGCAAUAGUGCCCAAUCAGUUGAUUUGAACAAUUCCACUUGAUUAUAAACAAAUUUUUCAACCAUUUAUUUAUUUCUUUUUUCGAAUUCGCAUUUGAUACUGGGUAAAUGUGGGUAUUUCUGCAGCUAAAAAUCUGAGGCUGUUGUAAAAUAUAUACAACAAUUAUUUAAUUAAAAAUAUCAUAAAUGAAUUCGUUAAUUAAUACAUACAUUAAUAAAUGUAUUGUUUUUAUUUAAGGCAGUUGUCGGAUGAUGGGCAUAGUGUCAGAAAGUUCUAAAAUUUUGUAUACUUAUUAAGGGUAUUAAGAUAAAAUUACCAUUAAAAUUUAAAGUCGAUUGACCGUCUCUAAUUUGAAAUAUUUAUAAUCAAAGUUCGUAUCAUUAACAUUGCGAGCAAUGAGGAGUAUGCGUUUCAAGUCGCGUUCGUGAUUCUAAUAAAAAAACUAACAGUCAGAAACUUUUGAAAAAUUAACAGAAAAUUAAUGAAUUUGUCCUGAAUUUAUUUAAAAAAAAAAAUAAAGUA